AUACCCGUUACUAAAACUGGACCUUUUAUCAGGUUGUUCAAUAAAAAAAGUGCCUAUUAAAAUUUCAAUUUUCAAUUUGUUGGUGAUUUUCCGAUACCUCAUGAAAACCAGUGAACAUUCUUCGCUCAGUUGUUAUCCAUUCCCACUCCGAUUUCGGUGCGAUAAAUGGGCAAUCGCUAAGAAAUCGAAGUUCCAGUUUUGUGAUUUAGUCCAUUCCCGUAUUUCCGAGAAUGGCUGUUCUUCCAGUACCGUAUGUGAUGCAACCACAUUGCGUAGGAAAUGAAUCUUUCGAAUCGUCUAAGUCGUUUCCCACCAGCCAUGGAAGAUAUGGGAAAAGGGUGACAAGCGAUUCUCGUAAAUUAGAUUUCAGACGGAUAAAUCUCCACGGAGGACAAUUCGCGAAACCCAUAGGAAGGAUUUCUUGCAGCCAUCAUGUAACGAAAGCAAUAGCUACUUCAGAUGUUUCUGCGGUGAAAAUCCUAGAAAACGUACUAACUUAUCGAUUUUGGAUGGAGAUCGGUGGUCAAUUGAAGGUAAUGGUUAAAAAGAAUAAUAAUAACAAAUAUGGAGUUUAUGUCGAAGUCGAAUCUUUACAACUUGAUGAAGAACAACGAGAGCUAAUUAUGAUCUGGGGGAUUUUCAGAGAUGAUUUGACAAAAUUUAUGCCAGUUCAACAAUCAAGCACUGAUGGCACCACCGAAACCCCAUUUGUGAAAGAUUGUGACAGGUUGUCCGUUGAGCUUGAAUUCGAGGAAAGUUUAGCGCCUUUUUACGUCUCGAUAUUAUUAAAGUCCAAAUUAGGUUCCAACUCGAAAACCUCGACAAUCAGAAGCCACAGGAAAACAAAUUUCAUCGUGCCUGUAGGUUUUCGCUCCGGGCGUCCUUCUCCAUUGGGCAUUUCUCUCUUAAAUGACGGAUUUAUAAAUUUCGCCUUCUUCUCACGCAAUGCAUACAGUGUUGUACUCUGUCUAUACGCAGACACCACAGUAGACAAACCUGCUCUGGAGAUUGAUCUCGAUCCAUACGUAAAUCGAUCAGGUGAUAUUUGGCAUGCUUCGAUAGAUUGCUCCUCUUUGCCAUUCGUUAGCUACGGUUAUCGAUGCAGGAGCAGUAGUACCGACAGUAAAGGGCACCGUGUUCUGCCCGAUCCAUACGCUAAGGUUAUCGAAGAAUUUGGACCUCGAAAAUGCCUUGGAAGAUUGUGCAACGAAUCUGCAUUUGAUUGGAGCGGCGAAUCUCGCCCCAAUUUACCGAUGGAGAAACUGAUUGUCUAUAGGUUGAACGUUGCACGUUUUACGAACGAUAAGUCCAGUAAAUUACCUCGUGAUAUUGCUGGAAGUUUCUCCGGUAUUUCCGAUAAAUUGCAUUAUUUCAAGAAUCUUGGUGUGAAUGCUGUCUUAUUAGAGCCGAUCUUCCCCUUUGACGAACAAAAGGGACCCUAUUUCCCGUGGCAUUUCUUUUCUCCGGGGAGCUUAUAUGGACCCUCUGGCGAUCCGAGUAAAGUUGCUAAUUCGUUGAAGGAGAUGGUGAAAAAGCUGCACGCUAAUGGAAUGGAGGUAUUACUGGAAGUUGUUUUCACACAUACUAGUGAGAUUUCAGCACUGAGAGAAAUCGAUAACUCGUCUUAUCACCAUGUCGAAGGAGGGGAGGAAUUGAAAUCAAGAAACUCGUUGAAUUGCAAUUACCCAAUUGUCCAACAAAUGAUCUUGGAGUGUCUCCGUUAUUGGGUGACCGAGUUCCACAUCGAUGGCUUCUGUUUCAUCAAUUCAUCCUCUCUCACGAGAGGCUUCCAUGGCGAGUUCCUCUCUCGCCCUCCAUUGGUCGAAGCUAUUGCUUUCGAUCCUUUACUUUCAAAAGUCAAGAUAGUGGCGGACUCGUGGGACCCACAUGAAAUGGAGAUGAAAGAAAUUGUUUUCCCUCACUGGAAGAGAUGGGCGGAGAUGAAUGCGAAAUUCUGCUCCGAAAUGAGGAAUUUUUUUAGGGGUAAGGGUUCGAUAAGCAGCCUCGCAACUCGUCUAUGUGGCAGCGGUGAUCUCUUCUUGGGUGGGCGGAGCCCGGCCUUCUCUUUUAACUUCGUCACGAGAAAUGUGGGUCCCACACUCGUUGACUUGGUCAGCUAUAAUAGCAUCGAAUCGAGCUGGAAUUGUGGGGAAGAGGGCCCCACAAAUAAGAUUCUUGUACUUGAAACAAGGCUUAAGCAGAUACGCAAUUUUAUAUUUGUCUUGUUUGUGUCUUUGGGUGUGCCGGUGCUUAAUAUGGGAGACGAGUGUGGCCAAUCCACCAGAGGCUCGCCGGAAUAUUCCGACAGAAUAUCCUUCGAUUGGAGUGCGUUGAAAUCGGGUUUCGGUACUCAGGUGACCGAGUUCAUUUCGUUUUUGAGCUCGCUGAGAAUAAGACGAAACGAUCUUCUUCAGAAAAGAAGCUUCUUGAAGGAAGAUAACAUCGAGUGGCAUGGGGCUGAGGGGGGCCCACCCAUGUGGGACGAUCCGUCGUGCAAAUUCUUGGCGAUGACUUUGAAGGCCGAUCCACCGUUGAGUGACUUGUUUGUUGCCUUCAACGGCGGUGAUUGUUCCGAGAAAGUUGCUCUGCCGCCACUUGCCGCAGUUGAUACAAAUUGGGUUUGUUUGGUCGAUACUUCGCUUCCUUUUCCGGGGUUUUUCACCGAGGAAGGUGUUCCUUUGGAGGAUGGAUUAGAAACGUACGAGAUGAAGUCUCAUAGCUGUGUAUUAUUCGAAGCUCGGAGCUUUAUCUGAGAGGUAACCUGCUAUUAUAUUUUAUUUUUUAUUCCAUAAGGGGUUCGGUAUAUAUGUCCCCAUUUUUGGUGCAACGAUGCUCGAAUAAAGUGUGGCGCUAUUUGCUCGUUACAACUAGGUAAACUGAUCUAUUACUUCUUGGUUCUUUGAAUUGAUUAGCAGUUAAUUUAUAAUGUGCUUGCUUAAAAACGUAUUUUUUAUCCGCGUCUUGUCUUAUUUUUUUUUUCUUUAUGUCUGAAUCGAGUAAGGCCUCGUUCGGUUAGGUAGAUUAGAUGUUUGUCUGAAAAUCGACUAAGUAAAUAAUUGGACUUUGUUUGCUGCUUGGUAAACACAAU